CCAACAUAACAAUUGGUUAUUGCGCUCAACUUCUCACGCCCUCCACUGUCUAACCCACCUGGUUCACAAUAUUUUUGAUUAGUCUCCUGCUCCCUCCAACCUACCUCUGUCAAUUCAAUAUUUUCCUUUAAUUUCUGCCUAUUCCCACAAAGUCCGACACUUGUUCACAGCCCCCAAGGGGUGUUUGGAAAACAUGGCGACUGCAGUGUGUUCUUCUAGUCAUGGAAGUGGUAGUUCAGAGAUUGUCCGGGGACAGGUUUUUGAUGUUGGCCCGCGGUACACGAACCUCUCGUACAUCGGGGAGGGCGCAUACGGCAUGGUGUGUUCCGCCCAUGACAAUGUGAAUAAAAUACGAGUAGCCAUCAAGAAGAUAAGCCCAUUUGAACACCAGACAUACUGCCAGAGGACUCUACGGGAGAUCAAAAUCUUGCUUCGCUUCAGGCAUGAAAAUAUCAUUGGAAUCAAUGACAUUAUAAGAGCCCCAACUAUCGAUCAAAUGAAAGAUGUAUACAUUGUACAAGACUUAAUGGAAACAGAUCUUUACAAACUCUUAAAAACGCAACAUCUAAGCAAUGAUCACAUCUGUUAUUUUCUAUAUCAGAUCUUAAGAGGACUCAAAUAUAUACAUUCUGCCAAUGUUUUGCAUCGGGACCUCAAACCAUCCAACUUGCUGCUUAACACCACAUGUGAUCUCAAGAUCUGUGACUUUGGAUUGGCCCGUGUUGCUGACCCAGACCAUGAUCACACAGGGUUCCUGACAGAAUAUGUAGCUACACGAUGGUACAGAGCACCAGAAAUAAUGUUGAACUCUAAGGGAUAUACUACAAGUGUGGAGCAUUUUGCAGUGGGGAGAUUAUUAGUUGAAGUUGUGGGAAACCGUCCCCUCCUCCCUGGGAAGAAUUAUUUAGAGGGGCUAAACAAGUAUCUUGGGAUACUUGGGUCACCAUCACAAGAAGACCUGAACUGUAUAAUAAACCUCAAAGCCAGAAACUACCUGCUUUCCCUGCCUCACAAGAGCAAGGUGCCUUGGAAUAGACUGUUCCCAAAUGCAGACCCUAAAGCUCUGGAUUUGUUGGAUAAGAUGUUAACAUUCAACCCCCACAAGAGGAUCGAAGUGGAAGAAGCGUUGGCGCACCCUUACUUGGAGCAGUACUACGACCCCAGUGAUGAGCCUACAGCAGAAUCACCAUUCACAUUUGAGACAGAACUGGAUGAUUUGCCCAAAGAGAGAUUGAAGGAGCUGAUUUUUGAAGAAACUGCACGAUUCCAGCCUGGGUACCGAUUGUAAAGUGUUUGCAGGUAUUUAGGGAAGAGUAAG